GACCCGGCGAUCUCCUUGGAAGCGCAGGUGCUGCCCUUCGACCAAAUCAGCCACAACAUCGGCUUGGGCGAGCAAGGCAACUUCGACUCGGGGGAGGGCGGCUUGCUUUGCAUCGUCAACUGCCAGGCCAAAGAGUGGAUGGACUUGGCGCUUUGGGCCUUUGAGCGCUUGCUGGAGGGCCGCGUGCUGCUGGUGCUGUGCAACGCAGGCCAG